UGCGUGGGAGCAUGCUUUUAGAAAUAUGAAGGAGUGGUCCAGGACUAUGUAAAAACAGGCACUCCUUCGUGUCAGAGCUGUUGAGGGAGUGAGGCAACACACUGUCUUCUUCACACUGCACUGCACUGCACUGCUGAUCGUCCUAAUAGUGAACGACCACAACAUGGCAGGAAAGACUUGCAACAUCCUGGUCACUGGGGCCAACCGUGGCCUGGGGCUGGAGUUUAUUAAACAGCUGGCCGAGAAGCCAUGUCCUGGACGCAGGAUCUUUGCAGGCUGUCGGGACCCCAGUAAGGCAGAGGGUUUGGAGAAGCUGUCAAAGAAACACCCAGGAGUCAUCCACAUCAUUCGCCUUGAUGUUGGAGACAGUGCCAGCGUGCUGGAGGCGGCCAAGCAGGUGAGCUCCAUCGUGGGGGGCGAUGGACUGAACCUGCUGGUCAACAACGCAGGCAUGGCCUACCACAGCAACAUGAAGGAAGCCGUUCCCUCAGAGAUGGAGAACACCUUCAACGUAAACGUCAUGGGACCCAUGAGGAUGACAAAGGAGUUCCUGCCGUUGCUUCAGGCGGCGGCCAAGAAGAGUAGUGAGUCUGGCAUGUCCUGCAGGAGAGCUGCGGUCAUCAACAUUUCCACUCUGCUGGGAUGCAUCGAGAAAGUGCCCGCCACAUACGGCUUCUUCCCUGUCCUCGCUCUCCCUUAUCGCGUUAGCAAGGCAGGUCUGAACAUGAUGACAGUGUGUAACGCGGAGGAAUUCAAGGGGGACAGGAUCCUCUUCACUCUCCUGCACCCCGGAUGGGUGCGCACAGACAUGGGUGGACCUGACGGGGAGAUAGAGGCUGCUGAGAGUGUGAGUGGCAUGCUGAGUGUCAUGGAGACACUGACAGAGAAGCACAACGGAGCCUUCCUGGACUACAAAGGACAACCCCUGUCCUGGUGAAACACUAAUGAAGAAGAAGAAGACGAAGUACGAAGCACCUAUCAACCUGUCUUAAAUAUUUAGUAGCAGCCACAGCCUCCAUUUAUUUUGUUGGCUUGGUGCUGCUGUUGUGUUACAUUAGAAUGCAUUAUGCCUCCAUAUGUUAUAAUAAAAAACGAUGAGUCACUGGAAAUUCUGCAUGUUUUUAAUAGGCCUAACAUAAGAGUGGUGGUAUUAUUUUGCAAUACAGUACAUGACCAAGUGCAUGCACACAUAAUGUUGGUCCUUCUUAAAAAAAUAAAUCUUGAGUCCAGCUGGUUUCAUUCCUAUUUUUGAUUUUGGCUCUCAGUCACUUUGAGGUCCUUGGGCACUAAAUGAAAGAUGCUAUUGCUUACAAG